GUUCUUAGCAUGCCGGACGCCGGUGCUCAGUUGUAGGCUGAGAUAAUAGAAAUGAUAAAAAAAAAAUUAACAAUUUACAAUAACAAAUAACUAUUAACUAAGAUAUCCUAAAACAACAUCUUAAUAAUUAUCUAAUAUCUGAGUUCGUGCUUCGUUAUUUCGUAAUCAUAACACAAGACGUCUCGACCAUCGAUAUUACGAAUGUUUAUUUAGUUUUCUGUUUUUAUGAAAAUUCGGAUCUAUAACCUUACUGUGUGUUUAUGAGACAACCCUCACCAAACGCGUUAGAAUGUUUGGAAAAACGUCACUUGCCCUUCUACGAUCGCUGACCCGCGAAUUCCGAUACGUCACAUCCGAUAGUAAGUUGCUCGACCGACCUUUAAUGCGGUUAAUACUGUCCGAAUAUCGGUCAAAUCAAAUCACCUCGGCACAGUACUGCCGUGGUCCCGACGAGAUGCUGUGGGUCGCUGACACAUAUUUGCAGUACAUACGAUCGCAGCGUAUAUGCCGCGAGCUCAACGACAAGCAUCAGAGACGAGAAAAAACCGUUCAAGAAACGGCGGAUAUGAUUGGUUUUAGACUACCAUCGUCAACAACGAACGACAAAGAUAAUUAAAAUUUAACAUUUUUUUGUCUGUAUGUAUAUAGUUUUUUGUGAUGAUCAUUAAAGUGUUAGGAGAAGUCUGUA